CCCAUUCUGUGGAAACCAUAGCAAUCGUUGUAAUUGAUUUAACAAAAACAUUGUCACUUGUCUACGAUUGUCUACAUGCUUUCUUUCUUUUGUAUAAUACUUUUAUUUUGAAAUUGUGUUAUGGCCACUAACUUGAACGAACUUUACGAAGAUUUCGAUAGUGAAACGACGAUAGACUUAUCUUCGAAUGAUUUAGAAAACUUACCAGAUUCGAUUUAUAAUAAUAAAUCAGCUACUGUGAUCUACUUACAAAACAACAAAAUUCGAUUAUUACCUGAUGAUUUUUUUCACACUUUUCUUAACCUAAAAUGGCUAGAUUUACGUGGGAAUCAGCUGGAAUGUAUACCUCCAUCGAUAAAAAAUCACCCGAGUCUAACACAUUUAUUAUUACAAGACAACAAAAUAUCAUCACUACCAAACGAACUAGGCACUGUAAUGACUUUAAAAGUGUUGCAACUGAACGCAAAUCCGCUAGUCUACCCUCCAAAAGAAAUUAUAAAUUUAGGAACAAAUAAGAUCCUUAAGCAUCUUUAUAAUGAAUUUCUCAGUACAUUAUUAGAUGAGAAUUCUAUUUCGGAUAAAACAAGCGAAUUUGAAGCAGAAGAGUUGGGUAAUGCUCGAAGUUAUAACUCGGUGCUAGAUAGUAAUGAAAUGAAGAACAGAUUAAAAGUUCACUUUAAUGAGAAAGAUGCAAGCGAAUAUUAUGAUAAACUAAAAGGUAAAUGUCCAAAAUUGGCUAUAACUCGUCAAAAAACGUUGCACACACAAAGCUCAAAAUACCUUCAGCCGAUCAGAACUGCGAACAAAGUGGUGCAAGAUCAGAGGAUUCUGCAAAGCUAUCUGAAAGACCAAGCCCUGCAAAAGAGGAAGGAUUUUAUUGCACGCGCCGAUAAAAUUAUUCAGGAAAAGAAGAACAUGGAACUCCUCCGCAACUGGCGAAAAAAUUACAAAACCAGACAAUUUUUUAUGUCUAACGAUACAACAAACUACACCGACCCAAUAUACCCUUAUGAUACUAACCCAGAGUAUAUGACAUUUUUGACGAGGGAGGACAUAGAGAAAGAUUUGCCGGAUAAGUUUAGGAAAAAAAUAGUUCGACGUUCAAAACCCACCGUGCCUAGAAAGAGUAAUAACGAUGUACACUUGGCAAUGAAGAUAAAAGAACUGUUUCAGAAUUUGGAGGCAAUCGAUUUACAGACAAAUGAAAUGACCCCGCGUACUGAACAGAAGAUUCUUUUGCAUGAAAUUAAAAAGAUUACGGAAAUAAAGCAAAAGUUAUCAGAAUUGUCAACGACGAAUUCCAGAUCUGUUAUAGAAGACUAACAGUUUUUAUAUUUAAUUCGUACAUCUCCAUCGAUUAAUUAU